GGGAUCCCGGAGCCCGAGCCGGCCUAGAACCCGGGCGGCCAAAGCCGCGCAGCGAGCGAACAUGGCAGCAGAAUGAGAAGCGUAGAGUCGGGUCCUGGCUGCCACCACGCUGCAGCUCGAGAUCCGCGCCCGGCGCCCCCAGCGCCGCCGCAUGCUUAGCUGGCCUCCUGGUGGCCGCUGGGUUAUUUCAUUCCGAGCGGAGGGCGGGGGAAACGCGGGACCCAGCAGCAGCAGCAGCAGAGCCGGUCCUAGGUCUGACUGGGUGUAGAGGCGUCUGUUGUCUACUCGCCUGCUGCGGGAACCACUCGGGAGAGGACCGAUCCCUGGCUGCGGCGCCGCGGACGCUGGGAUGAGCCGGCCAUGGAGCGGCCUCAACUGGGCGCGCGCAGCCGGCUGUCGCUGUCGCGGGGGAGCCGUCUGAGCCGAAGCUCCUCUGGGCUUCAGGGCCUGGGGCAGCCUGGGGGGGUCUCCGCCUCAGCAUCCAGGAAGGGCAAGAGUCCCGCGUGGCGGACACUGCAGCACUCAUCGGAUUGAGGUCCUCCCGGGAGAGCCUGCUCGGGCUGCAGCUCAGUGCGCUCACGGCACCCGGGCACCUUUCCUGGUGCACGGCUGCUGGCGCACGGCGGCGAGCCGAGUGCAGGACUGGAUAGAGGGGUGUGUGCGGGCGGUCUGGACUGGAGAUCCAAGCUGAAGCUGAACCCGGCGGACCUGAGCAGCCAUGCUUCCCGGGGUGGGCGUGUUCGGCACCAGCCUCACGGCUCGUGUCAUCAUCCCGCUGCUGAAAGACGAGGGUUUCUCCGUGAAGGCUCUGUGGGGCCGCACGCCAGAGGAAGCGGAGGAGCUGGCCAAGGAGAUGAGCGUCCCCUUCUAUACCAGCCGUAUUGACGAGGUGCUGCUUCAUCAAGACGUAGACUUGGUGUGCAUCAACCUGCCACCGCCCCUCACCAGACAGAUCGCAGUCAAAACCCUGGGCAUCGGCAAGAAUGUCAUCUGCGACCGGACGGCGACCCCCCUGGACGCCUUCCGCAUGAUGUCUGCUGCACACUACUACCCCAAGCUCAUGAGCAUCAUGGGCAACGUGCUGCGCUUCCUGCCCGCCUUUGUGCACAUGAAGCAGCUCAUCGAGGAGGGAUAUGUGGGCGAGCUGCUGGUGUGCGAGGUGCAAGUGCACAGCGGCAGCCUGCUGGGCAAGAAGUACAACUGGAGCUGUGAUGAUCUGAUGGGCGGCGGCGGCCUGCACUCGGUGGGCACCUACAUCAUCGACCUGCUCACCUUCCUCACUGGCCAGAAGGCCGUCAAGGUCCACGGGCUGCUCAAGACCUUUGUAAAGCAGACAGACCACAUCAAGGGCAUCCGCCAGAUCACCAGCGAUGACUUCUGCACCUUCCAGAUGGUGCUGGAGGGCGGAGUGUGCUGCACGGUCACCCUCAACUUCAACGUGCCUGGGGAGUUCAAGCAGGAUGUGACGGUGGUGGGCUCCGCCGGGCGCCUUCUGGCCGUGGGCACCGACCUGUAUGGGCAGCGCAACUGCGCCCCCGAGCAGGAACUGCUGCUCCAGGACGCCACGCCUGUCAGCAGUUCUCUGCUGCCGGAGAAGGCCUUCAGUGACAUCCCCUCGCCCUACUUGCGUGGUACCAUCAAGAUGAUGCAGGCGGUGCGCCAGGCCUUCCAGGACCAGGACGACCGGCGCACGUGGGAUGGGCGGCCGCUGACCAUGGCCGCCACCUUUGAUGACUGCCUGUAUGCACUGUGUGUGGUGGACACCAUCAAGAGGUCCAGCCAGACCGGCGAGUGGCAGAACAUUGCCAUCAUGACAGAGGAGCCCGAACUGAGUCCCGCCUACCUGAUCAGCGAGGCAAUGCGCAGGAGCAGGAUGUCCCUGUACUGUUAGUGCAGAAGUCGGACUUCUGUCUGGACCCAUGGAAUGGAGAAAGGCCGAGGGGAGAGGUCCCCUUAUGGAGUGUGGGAAUAGGGAGGUAGAGGGGCAGAGUGAGGAAUUGGCAUCUGGGAAGGCGGAACCCCACCCGCGUUCCAAACAGAACUUUUGAUAAAUUGAGCUAAUAGCCUUGAAGGUAUUCUUGGAAUCAGCCCCUCCCUGUCAUUUGUAUGAGGGGAAAGUUAGCUGCCUCUAUCACACUACUGUGAAAAGCAAGGAGGGAUAGCUUUCCUUCAAACUACACCCUUCCCACCUCCACCUUGACCUCUUGUGCAAUCAGAUGCUCUUGGGAGGUUAAGGCACUGUAUCCUAUAGCAAGUUCCUUGGCAAUGGUUUUCCACAAUACCUACCACUGGCAGGAGAAGGCACAUCUUGUCUAGACAAACCUGUUAAGCUGGGGAUUGGUCGUGGCUAUGGUGGUGGUGAUGGUGUGUAGGGGGUGGGCAGGUCAUAUAACUUAAAUCCCAGGAAGUCACUUAAAAUAUCUAAAGGGGGAAAAAAAGCAUAUGGUUUCAAAGUGUACAGUUUUCAUGAUUGAUUGGCCUUCUUUAUGGGAAACACAUAGGAGUGUUUUCCUAAGCGGUUCAUAGCCCCCCAGCAGGCCUGAGGUGGGGUAAAAGAAUGUUGAGUAGAGCAAGCAGAGAGAGGGGUUCCUUAAACUCAAAGGAGAGAGCAAAUGCACACAAGUGUGUGCAAACAGAUGGGGAAGAGAUCAAGGAGCCACCUUUAUGAUUAACAAAUAGAAAUGACUAUGAAAGGCGUUUGGUGCUAAAGUGAGUUCAUUUCACUUUAUAUGACUCUUCAGGCAGAUUCAAGGACACAGGUAGGAUCUCGGAGUUUGCUCACAAGUUAUAAGCUGUUCUCAAAGGCUAUGGUCAGCUGGGAGCUCUGGUGUUGCAGUGGGAAUUCACCAACCAGCAGGGAAAGUGAGUCAGCCUUAGACUUGUUUCUUGCACAAAUACUCAACCAUUUUUCUUUCUAAAGUGGGGAAGAAAUUUGAGGAAAUCCACCAAGUCAGUACUUGUGUGUUUUAAAGGGAAGCAAACCUUUUAAGUUCUUUCCAGAAGAAUCUUCUUCAUUUAAAGGGGUGGGGGAAAGGUCAAGUCUCUUUCUGUAGUUCUGACCUUUGUUUUCAUUAUCCUGACCUCUGGAAAUGUUUGAACAGGUAUUAAACAAAGCAAAAAGAAAAACAAGGAUUAUAGUUUUCAGUGUUUCUCAAAUAGUGUUUAGAACUGUCCGAGGAGUUCAUAUCACAUAGAGUUGAGAGGUUAAUGUAGUGAAAAACAUAUUAUUCCAUGAAGUUCUGUCUUUCUGGUCUUGUCAUCUUUGUUUACAGAGCUUUUAUUAGAGAUGGCCAACUGCAGGCUUGCAUAGGCAGUGCCCAAAUGUAACACACACACACACACACACACACACACACACACACACACACACACACACACACACACGGGUUUGUAAAUGCAUAGUACCACCAAAUGUCAGAUCUGGUCUUAAAGGAAACACCAAAUCAAUUACAUUCUGAAAAUAGGGAAUUGUUGCUCUUCUUUUUAAACUUUUCUUAAAUCUCCACCCCAGAUAAUACAUCUGUGGAAGUUGAAUGUGGAGUCUCCUUGUAAACCUACACAAGCUUUAUUGAUAGCUCACCGAAAUCCUCCAGUAGUUAUCUUUGGCAUAUAAUUGAGGUAACUGAAAGAAAACUAGAAGGGCACUUAGAACCAGCAGUGGACUCCCAGUAUCUGAGGAAGCAGAAUUCAAAAAGAACAUUACUGUCAAUUGUAUCCUCCAUUUUCCCAGGAUCAGUAUCCUGUGAAGUUCUGGUUGUCCAGCAAUACAAAGAAAACGUCAUAAGAAUGAUGAUGGCUUUUUAAAAUUAAUUUUUUAAAUUUUCUUUAUUUAUUGGAUAGAGACAGCCAGAAGUCAAGAAGAAGGGGGAAACAAAGAGAGAAAGAGACAAGAGAGACACCUGUAGCACUACUUCACCACUUGCAAAAAUUUCCCCCUGAAUUGGGGACUGGGCACUUGAACCCAGUUUCUUGAGCAUUGCAGCAUGUACACUCAACCAGGUGCGCCGCCACCCAGCCCCAGAAUGAUGAUCAUUUUCUAGCACAGAAGAUUAGGAUUACCUGUUCAGAAAGAAGUUUCUUUGGGCCUUACUUCAAAAGGUAAGGUUUGUCAACAGAAACUUUCAGUAUUACCUUAUGGUCCGAAUUCGCUGACAGACUUCACAGACAUCCUAGCUUUACUAACUACCAGUUCAAAACUAUAGAGAUCUGAUAGAAUGGAAGUCUCUCAGUAACAGUUUGAGCACAGGGUCAUUCCAUAGACUAUUCUAGUUCAGGUUCCCCUAAAUUGCCUUCUGGAUAAAUAUUUUUUUGUGGAAACUGAAUAGAAAGAUUUUUUUUCUAGUUGUCUGAAAGGUCAUGACUGAGGAAGAAAGGAAAUAACACUAGAUGACAAUAGAGGACUCAAUGUUCAAAGUCAUUUAUAAUAUAACUAUGGAUAAUUCUAGGCAUUCAAUU